AUGGAAACUGUAAGCUUAGCGGCUGCUGUUCCUGGGUUGUUGACCUCCUGUCUAGACCUCAUUGAACGCAUUGAUUCUUACAAGAGUUUCGAUGUACAUUCACGCCAGCUGUUGCUCGGUGACAAACUGUCAAAUGAACAUCACGCUCGGUUGGACUAUCCUGAGGUUGCCUCUGUCGUCAAAACCAUCCUCUCAAGUGUUUGCGAAAUAUUUCAGAAGUCCGAGCACACCCGGACGCGUUUGCGACUUCAGCCGGAGCAAGCAAACCCUGUCGCAUCACCAUGGCCCGUAUUCACCCGCAAAAAUACUGAUAUGAACAAGGCGGGACGUAAUGCAAGCUCAGCAAAAAUUGGAAUCGCCUGGGCCGUCAAGUAUAGGGGCCAAUUUACCAACCAAGUUGAGAUGUUUGAGGUUCUAGUCGACAAAUUGUACGAGCUUGUACCACCUAACAGAGGAGAAGGGCAGAUUCAGAAGAGAAACGAUCAUGGCGAUCGCAUUGAUGCGAUCACCAAUAUGAAUAUGUUUUCUAAUUUCCAGCGUGAUCUGGAUAUGUUGAUGAAAGAGACCAGACGAAAUGCUAUCACUCAAGCUUAUAAGGCAAUCGACGAGUGGCUUGACGCCACUGAAUUCGAUCAACAAUACGACAAACAUGUCUCUGCACGCCUUGAAGGAACAUGUGACUGGAUCUUUGACCAUCCUGCCUACCGUGAAUGGAUAUCAAUGGACUAUCUUGACAAAGCAGCGAAGUUUUUUUGGAUCUGCGCACCCGCAGGUCAUGGAAAAUCGGUGCUUUGUGCAAGGCUGGUUCAGCGUCUGGCAGAAACUGCAGCCUUUCCCUUAGCCUACGUUUUCUCUUCGAGCCAUGUUCAAGCCGGCGGCCAGCCUGAUGGCAUCAUUCGUUCCUGGAUCUCACAGUGGACGAAACAUAAUCAAAUUGCUUUUGACCUUGUUCGAGAUAACCUGCAGUCAGGAAAAGUAAGUCGGAGAGCAUCGCAAGCAGAAAUCUGGGUGUUGUUUGAGACUGUUGUCUCUCAGGUUGAAAGUUGCACGUGCAUCCUCGAUGGAUUUGAUGAAUACAACCAAUUUGAUGACAACCGGAGAGAUUUUCUUCGAAUGUUGAAGAAAGUAGUGGCAGGUACUAGGACUCGAUGUCUGGUUGCGAGCCGAGGUGAGACUGAUAUAGAGCUUGAGCUAUAUUGUGCAGCGGGGAGCUCAGGAAAGCAAACCAUGCUUGAGUGCAGGUUCUCCAAAAACAAAAUCCAAGCGGACAUUGAUUUAUACUCGAAAACGGUCGUCGCUAAGAAACUCCCAAGCAAGGAUGAAUCUUUCCAGCAAGAACUGGCGACACAUAUGGCUAAAAAGUGUGAGGGAAUGUUCCUAUGGAUAAAGUUACAACAAGAGCAGUUGCGUGGUGGCAAAAGCAAGAAAGAGCUUCGAAAUAUUGUUAAGAGCAUGCCGAGUGGCCUAGCUCAAAGCUACGCACGCAAUUGGACGAAUAUCAUGAACCUCUCCGAGACUGACCGCCAUCGUGCUAUCUCAAUACUCCGAUGGACAACUUUCGCACUCAGACCACUCACUAUAGCUGAAUUGACUGAGGCCCUUAUCGUCGAGCCUGAAAUUGGUAGCGCUAAUCUUGCUGUUGACGACCUACCCGAAGAAAUCAACCAGGAGUACAUUGACGAUGAAAUAAAGUCCCUAUGUGGCUCUCUUGUCGAAAUUCGAUCCGCUGCUCCUACAACCCCACCAGGCUCUCAGACCAUCUAUCUAGUCCAUGUCUCGAUUAAGGAAUACCUACUUUCGGUGUUACCAGCUCCUUUGGGACUUGAGACAAUCUCAACCUCUAUUCCGUGGGAUGCUGUUCAGAAUAUUGAUCUUGCGAAGGUAUGUCUUCGAUAUCUGAAUUUCAAAAACGUUUGA